AUGGCGGCCAGUAAAUCAAUCCUUCAACCAAUUGCCUCUUUAUUCCGAUCGCAGCGACGGCUAUGGACAAAUUUAGUAUUCAAUAAGCCUAGACUGAGGUAUAGUAGUAAUAAAGCUGACGAUCCUACUUUUAAAGAAAUAGAUACCGUGACUACAUCGCUUAGAAUCGAUGCUAUUGCAUCCAAAGGGUUAGGCAUAUCGCGCAGGAAAUUAUGGGAAUAUUGUUUACGUGGUUACGUCAGUGUCAAUGGAAUCAAGAUCAAAAAGAAAAGCGCUGAGGUCAAAAAUCGAGACAAAGUUAUUAUUGAUGGACCAGGUAUUAAUCGUGGCUACGUUGAAGUCAUAGAAAUUGGCAAUUUAACUAAGAAAGGAAAUUAUCAUAUUCGACUUAAGCGCUGUAAACGUUUACUUAAAGGAAAUGAAUUGGGCCUUUAG